AUCAGUUAAAAAAAAAUGUUCCUGUUUAAAUCAUCCGCAAAUAAUGAAGAAACUAUUACCAAAACUGAAUUUAAAUCAAAAUUUCCAUUUGUUCGCCCGAAAGAAUCCGAACGAAAAUUUGUUAGCCCUGUCAUUGAGAAAGUCAUAAAAGAUAUAACUUCGAAUAUGAAAGAUAAAGAUUUGGCAAGAUUAUUUGAAAAUUGUUGGCCAAAUACCUUAGAUACGACGGUAGCUUGGUUUAAUGUUGGUGAAGAUUUUCCAAGAACGUUCAUUGUUACUGGAGAUAUUCCUGCAAUGUGGCUGAGAGAUUCGACAAAUCAAAUUAUCUCUUAUAUCCCUUACGCAAAAUGUGAUGAUAAAUUGAAAAAUCUUAUUUUAGGUGUUAUAUAUAUGCAAGCAGAGUUAAUUAUCAGUGAUCCAUAUGCUAAUGCAUAUUAUGCACCACCUGAAUCUAAACUUCCUCAUCCAAAAAAUCCAUGGUCAAAAACUGAUAUCACAACUCCACCUCCUUCAAGUGCUACAUGGGAAAAAAAAUGGGAGCUUGACUCUUUAGUUUCUUUUUUAAAAUUAUCUCAUAAUUAUUGGAGUAAUACUAAAGAUGAUAGAUUUUUAACGAAUAAAAUUUGGUUAGAAGCCGUUAAUUCGAUUUUAGAUAUAUUAGAAAUACAACAAUUAGGUACAAUGCAAGAAUUUAAAAAUGAAGCUUAUAAAUUUUCUAGAUUAACAAGAACUACCACUGAAACCUUGAUGAUGGAAGGAAUUGGAGCGCCUGUUAAAAGAAUCGGUCUUGUAAAAUCACAAUUUAGACCUUCAGACGAUAGUACAACAUUUCCUUUCUUAAUUCCAUCCAACGCUUUUGCUUCAGUUGAACUUUCUCAUCUUUAUGAGAUGAUUGAUACCACAUCACCUGAUAUUGCCAAGAAAGCUAAAAAUUUAUCUCAAAUAAUACGUGAUUCUAUCUAUUCAAAUGCCAUAAUUCCACAUAAACAUUUUGAAAAUAUUUUUGCGUAUGAAAUUGAUGGUUAUGGUUCAUCAAAUUUAAUGGAUGAUGCAAAUUUACCAAGUUUAUUAAGUUUACCUUAUUUUGGAUUUAUUGAUAAUGAUGAUAAAAUUUAUCUGAAAACAAGAGAUUUUGUUUUAAGUGAUUGGAAUAAAUUUUGGUUUAAUGGAGAAAAAUUUCAGGGAGUUGGUAGUCCUCAUACAGGGUUAGGUUACAUUUGGCCAAUGAGUCUAUGUAUGAAGAUUUUAACGUCAACAAAUGAUCAAGAAAUUUUAGAAACUUUAGAAUUACUUAAAGAAUCUAGUGCUGAUACUGGAUUAAUGCACGAAUCUUUUUAUUAUAAUGAUCCAAAUAAUUAUACAAGGUCAUGGUUUGCUUGGGCUAACAGCUUAUUUGGUGAAACUAUUUUACAUCUUGCAAAGGAGAAACCAGAUUUAAUCAUGAUAGAUGAUUUCAAAUUUAUAAAAUUAUUGGAUGCAUCCAAAUGAUAUCAUAGCGUUAUUUAUAGAUUGUUAAAAAUUAUGUACUGUAUAAAUAUUUAUUCUGUGUAUAAAUAAUAUAUUAAUAAAA